ACUUACUCCAUGGCUGAGGAAAAGAGAGGCGGCAGCGGCGGCCUCGGUUGAAGAAACGAGUCGAGAGCGAAGGCGCGGUUGCAGACGCUGGCCGAUUUGCUUUGGGAGCUGGAGUAGCUGUUGCCACCAGAGUCUGGAACCAUGAGCGGGUUUAAUUUUGGAAGCACUGGCACUUCCACAGGUGGAUUCACAUUUGGCACUGCAAAAGCAGCAACCACCACACCUUCAGUGGGGUUUUCUUUCUCCACUCCUGGCACUGGAGGGUUUACCUUCGGCACUCCCUCCCAGCCCGCUGUGAGUACUCCUUCGACCAGCCUCUUCUCACUCACCACCCAAGCUCCAGCCACUCAGACCCCAGGGUUCACCUUUGGAUCAACUCCUGCUUCCACCGGAGCUGGCUUUUCAUUAGGAAUCAGUGCUCCAAAGCUAAGUUUGAGCAGCACUGCUGCCACCCCAGCCACAGCAAACCCCAGCGGCUUUGGGCUCGGUGGCAGCACCCUCACCAAUGCCAUGUCAAGCACUGUCACCUCUAGCCAGGCGACGCCAUCCACUGGCUUUGUGUUUGGUUCCUCUAACACCACCACAGCUCCAGCCACUACAUCCGUAGGGUUCUCGUUCACCAGCGGAAGCACAUCCCAGGCUGGGACCUCUGGCUUCAGCAUUGGCUCCCUGGGCAGUGCGACUCAGGCCCAGGCCCAGCCCACAGCACUGUCCGGAUUACCCUUCACUGCAUCCACGCCAGCAACCACUGCAGCAGGGGCCAGCCAUCCAGCUGCCCCCACACCCGCCACCACCAGUGCAGGUCCCACCCUCUUCGCCUCGAUAGCAGCUGCCCCCGCCUCGUCCACCAGUGGGCUCUCCCUCUGUGCUCCAGCAACCACCUCUGGGGCUUCUGGGGCCAGGACCCUGGGCUUCAGCCUGAAACCCCCCGGAGCAGCUUCUAGUACUUCCACAGCAACAGCUACAACUACGGCCACCACCACUACCACUGCCACCACCGGUUUUGCCUUAAAUAUAAAACCCCUGGUGCCAACUGCGAUUUCAAGCAGUGCAGCAGCAGGUACGACCGCUCCGUCAGGCUCUGGCGCAGCUGCUGGAGUGGCUGCCUCUCCUGUGAUGACCUACGCGCAGCUGGAGAGCCUGAUCAAUAAGUGGAGCCUGGAGCUGGAGGACCAGGAGCGCCACUUCCUGCAGCAGGCCACGCAGGUCAACGCCUGGGACCGCACGCUGAUCGAGAAUGGGGAGAAGAUCACCAGCCUCCACCGAGAGGUGGAGAAGGAGAAGCUGGACCAGAAGAGGCUGGACCAGGAGCUCGACUUCAUCCUGUCACAGCAGAAGGAGCUGGAAGACCUGCUAAGCCCUCUGGAGGAGUCGGUCAAGGAGCAGAGUGGGACCAUCUACCUGCAGCACGCUGACGAGGAGCGGGAGAAGACCUACAAGCUGGCCGAGAACAUCGACGCGCAGCUGAAGCACAUGGCCCAGGACCUCAAGGACAUCAUCGAGCACCUGAACACAUCUGGGGGCCCUGCUGACACCAGCGACCCACUGCAGCAGAUCUGCAAGAUCCUCAACGCACACAUGGACUCGCUGCAGUGGAUCGACCAGAAUUCGGCCCUUCUGCAGAGGAAGGUGGAGGAGGUGACCAAAGUGUGCGAGGGCCACCGCAAGGAGCAGGAGCGCAGCUACAGGAUCACGUUUGACUGAGCGCAGCCCCUUGGGGUUGUGGGCUCCGGGGCCUGGGGCUGUGUCUGAUUUGGGCUGGCAAUGAGACAUUUGUUUCUUUCAAAUGAUUGUGCUGUUGAAAAUGGUUCUGUGGUUUGACUUUUCCCAUUAGCAAAUAGCAAGUAUUCUGUGCAUCUUCUGGUCCGGGCAGUGGCCUGGUGGGGCUUUCUGUUUUGUCUGUGGAGCGCUGGCCCCAUAUCACCUACUACAACCACCCACCUCAUCAAAUGAUAGAGAAAUGCUGCUCCACCUAAGCAGUCUCCCCAGCCAGAGCUGGCUGGGCAGCCCCUCUGUCCAACACAUACGUAGCCAUAGCCCAGUGGAAAAUGACUGAGGUUAAGGACUGUGCUGGCAGCUGGCUGCCUAGGUGUACAAGAAGUGUCCUGAAAAUUAGCCACGAGACAAGCACAUUGUGACCAGGACACAGUGGGAUAGAAGAUUCCAGAGAAGGAGACAGUCAGUUGAGGCCUUACAGGGAUGGAGGAAGAGCAGAGGACGUGCCAGCUUGUCCUCAGGGCUCACCUGGUGUCCCCUCCAGGAAGCUGCCUGAACUGUGCACAGCUGCUGUAGCAGGUGACCGCCUGGAUCUGUGGAGCAUUCUGAGCUGGCACCUCUCGUGGUGAGACUUGCUGUGCCACACUGUGCCCACCAUGCUUGUCUAGCUCACCGUUAGGUUGUGAGCUCCUACAGGCAGAGGCUACUGGGUUCCCCUGUGUGUGCCCAGUGCAAUCCUGGUCACAUUUACUCAGUGACCAAACAUUGCAGAUGAAACCCAGCAUCAUUCUAGUCCACAAAAAUGGCUACUGAAAUGGGCUUAGUUGCCAGAGAUCAGCUCGGUUCUGAACCUCCCUAUGCCAAAGUUAACUUUGGCUCAGUAAAAUAUGGGGUGGCUGAGCCUGGGCUCUAUCCUGGGGGGUCUUUAGUGUUUGUUUUUAUACUUUGCUGCAUUCUCUCAAAUGCCUAUAAUUCUGUUGCUUUCCUAAAUAAAAUCAGUGUGUAA